CAGACUAGACAGGUUCCACUGGCGGAGUGGAGCAACACUGCCGAGGAUCUCCACACAUCCACCCACUGCUCACGUCUACCACGGUGAAAGAAAGAAAAGCAGUCCAUCCUGAUCUGUCAUGUCAGCCAAAGCCAUCUCAGAGCAGACGGGGAAGGAGUAUCUCUACAAGUAUAUCUGCACAUCGGCGCCAGUGCAGAACAGGUUCCGGUACGCCAAUGUGACAACCGAAACUGACUUUCAGCGUCUGACGCAGGAACACCCAUGGCUGCUCACAGAGAGGCUCGUUGUUAAGCCAGACCAGCUGAUUAAGAGAAGAGGGAAGCUCGGUCUUGUUGGCGUCAAUCUGGACCUGAAUGGGGUCAAAGAGUGGCUCAAGCCACGCCUUAUGAAAGAGACUAUGGUGGGAAAAGCAAAAGGCGUUCUCAAAAACUUUCUUAUAGAGCCAUUUGUUCCUCAUAAGCAGACAGAGGAGUUCUACGUGUGCAUUUAUGCUGCCCGAGAGGGAGACUACAUCCUCUUUCACCACGAGGGAGGGGUAGAUGUCGGAGACGUGGACGCCAAGGCACAAAAGCUGCUAAUUGGAGUGGAUGAAAAGAUCAGUGAAGAUCAGGUGAAGAGAGAACUGCUGACCAAGGCUCCCAAUGACAAGAAAGCGAUUCUUGCCAGCUUCAUCGUUGGACUCUUCAACUUGUAUGAGGAUCUCUUCUUCACAUACCUGGAGAUCAACCCUCUGGUGGUGACAAAAGAUGGCGUGUAUGUGCUGGACAUGGCGGCGAAGAUUGAUGCAACUGCUGAUUACAUUUGCAAAUCCAAGUGGGGUGACGUGGAGUUCCCGCCCCCUUUCGGCAGGGAGGCCUACCCCGAGGAAGCCUACAUCUCUGAUCUUGAUGCAAAGAGCGGAGCCAGUCUCAAAUUGACUCUGUUGAAUCCUCGAGGCAGAAUCUGGACCAUGGUGGCUGGAGGAGGUGCCUCAGUCGUGUACAGUGAUACAAUUUGUGACCUGGGUGGAGUCGACGAGCUGGCCAAUUAUGGCGAGUAUUCAGGAGCGCCAAGCGAACAGCAGACCUACGACUACGCAAAGACCAUCCUGUCUCUGAUGACGAGAGAGAAGCAUCCUGAUGGAAAGGUUUUGAUUAUCGGUGGAAGCAUUGCAAACUUCACAAAUGUAGCAGCAACAUUUAAGGGAAUUGUUCGAGCUAUAAGAGACUAUCAAGGGCCACUUAAGGAGCAUGAAGUCACUAUAUUUGUCCGCCGCGGUGGCCCCAACUAUCAAGAGGGCCUCAGAGUGAUGGGAGAAGUUGGAAAAACCACUGGAAUCCCGAUUCAUGUCUUUGGCACAGAAACGCACAUGACUGCCAUUGUUGGCAUGGCUCUGGGUCACCGGCCAAUUCCCAAUCAGCCUCCCGUUGCUGCCCACACUGCCAACUUUCUCCUCAACUCUAGCAGCAGCACAUCGACUCCAACAUCCAGAAGAAAAGACCCUUCAGAAAACAAAGCUAAAGUUGAGGGCUCACCCGCAAAGAAGGUGAAAACUGGAGCUUCUGUCGCUAAGGCCUCUACCCUCUUCAACAAACACACCAAAGCUCUGGUGUGGGGUAUGCAGACUAGAGCAGUGCAGGGAAUGCUGGACUUUGACUAUGUUUGCUCCAGAGAAGAGCCAUCUGUUUCUGCCUUGAUCUACCCUUUCACUGGUGACCACAAGCAGAAAUUUUAUUGGGGCCAUAAAGAGAUCCUCAUCCCAGUGUAUAAAAACAUGAGCGAUGCCAUGAAGAAGCACCCUGAUGUGGAUGUGCUCAUCAGCUUUGCUUCUUUGCGCUCGGCCUUUGAAAGCACCAUGGAGACCAUGCAGUACCCUCAGAUUCGAACCAUUGCCAUUAUUGCUGAGGGAAUCCCUGAAGCACACACAAGGAAGAUCAUUAAAGCCGCAGAUGAGAAGGGUAUCACCCUCAUUGGCCCUGCUACGGUUGGAGGGAUAAAGCCUGGCUGCUUCAAAAUUGGUAACACUGGAGGCAUGCUGGACAAUAUCCUUGCCUCCAAGCUGUACCGUCCAGGCAGUGUGGCUUAUGUGUCCCGCUCAGGCGGCAUGUCCAAUGAACUCAACAACAUCAUCUCCCGUACUACUGACGGUGUUUUUGAGGGUGUGGCCAUAGGAGGUGACAGAUAUCCAGGCUCUGUGUUUACUGACCAUGUUCUGCGCUAUCAAGAUACUCCGGGAGUGAAAAUGAUUGUCGUGCUUGGAGAGAUUGGCGGGACAGAAGAAUACAAAAUUGGCCAGGCUAUUAAACAGGGCAGAAUUACUAAGCCAGUAGUGAGCUGGUGCAUUGGUACCUGUGCCACCAUGUUCUCCUCCGAGGUACAGUUUGGUCAUGCAGGAGCCUGUGCCAACCAGGCCUCUGAAACAGCAGUAGCCAAGAACAAGGCUCUGAAAGAGGCUGGAGCAUACGUUCCCAAGAGCUUUGAUGAGCUGGGAGAGAUCAUCAAAUCUGUGUAUGAUGGCCUUGUUUCCAAAGGAGUAAUCCAGCCAGCUGAAGAGGUGCCUCCUCCCACUGUACCAAUGGAUUACUCUUGGGCACGAGAGCUGGGCCUAAUACGUAAACCAGCUUCCUUCAUGACCAGUAUUUGUGAUGAGAGAGGCCAGGAGCUCCUCUAUGCUGGCAUGCCCAUCACUGAGGUCUUCAAGUCUGAAAUUGGCCUAGGAGGAACUCUGGGCCUUCUUUGGUUCCAGCGGAGGCUCCCAAAGUACGCCUGCCAGUUUAUUGAGAUGUGCCUGAUGGUAACUGCAGAUCAUGGCCCUGCUGUUUCGGGUGCACACAACACUAUUGUUUGUGCCCGGGCUGGCAAAGACUUAAUCUCCAGCCUCACUUCUGGCCUCCUCACCAUUGGAGACAGAUUUGGAGGAGCUCUGGAUGCUGCUGCAAAGCAGUUCAGCCAUGCAUUUGAUAGUGGCAUGUUGGCUAUGGAGUUUGUCAAUAAGAUGAAGAAGGAUGGAAAGCUGAUUAUGGGUAUCGGACACAGAGUUAAGUCGAUAAACAAUCCUGACAUGAGAGUCCAGAUCUUAAAGGACUUUGUGAAGCAGAACUUUCCUUCCUCACAACUUCUGGACUAUGCUUUAGAAGUAGAGAAGAUCACCACCUCUAAAAAGCCCAACCUGAUCUUGAAUGUGGAUGGCUUCAUCGGUGUGGCCUUUGUGGACUUGCUCAGAACCUGUGGAGGAUUUACAAGAGAUGAGGCAGAUGAGUUUGUUGAAAUUGGUGCCCUUAAUGGCAUCUUUGUCCUGGGACGCAGCAUGGGAUUUAUUGGUCAUUACCUGGACCAGAAGAGGCUGAAGCAGGGUCUGUAUCGCCACCCGUGGGAUGAUAUCUCCUAUGUGCUGCCGGAGCACAUGUCUAUGUAAUCAAACAGCCAAACCACAUAUCAUACAUUAGUUCCACACUGUGAUCUGCCACUUCAGAAAUGAAUGACAGUAAAUUAAAGGUACAUGUUAAAAAUAUUGUCGCUAUAAAUGAGAGACACCGAGAAGAUGUUUCAGGGUGUAUUUAUAGUUGUAAAAGCCAGUCAUUGCAGCAGUUUUGUGAGUCCUCCUAAAACCUGCCUAAAUGUGAUGCUUGAAGGUCUGUCAAUGUGCUGCAGAGAUGCAACAGGUUCAGAUAUAAAUGUGAAUAUUUAGCUGCUGACCACAACUACCAGUCAUGAUGAGUGAAGUGCUGUAAUCUACAUAUAUAACAUGAACAUGUUUACAAAGUCUGGAUGUCCUAUUCUUGUGUAACGCCUACUCUCGUUAUUGUGCCAUUUGGAAAUGGCAAAGUUCAGUGCAAUAAUACAGAUCAAAUCUGAUGUUCUUCAUGUCUGUAUCGAAGUAAUGUUCCCUAAAGCAGUGGUAUAAACUAAACUGUUUGUUUUUGUGUGCCAAACUGAGAUGUUACAUGUUAAUUAUUCGAGGCUUCAUGACUUAUUUUACCCUUAAAUGCUGGUUUUAAACAUCAUUUCACAUUCUUCAUCUGUAACUGUCAUGCACAGUAUGUUAAAUGAUCAAAUCAUACUUGUUAGGUUCUUAAGUAUGAGACAGAAUGUUCCAUCUACCUUGUGCUUUCGUGUCUAUUUGUAACCUUCUCAGUGUGGACUAAUUGUGCUUAUUUGUGCUUACCUGCUGUAUGUUCACAAUUGCACUUGUGAGAUAAAAGAAAUAAAACGAACAUGAUGUAAUCAUA